CCCUCUGCCGCUGGUUUGGGAAGAGGCUUCAGGCACUUGAGGAUGACUGUGAACUUGCUAUGCAGAUUCUCUGCUCCGGAUGGAGAGUGGACAGGACACUCCCUUGCCAGACAGACAAACGCCGCUCCUUGGAUGCCUCCUACACCUGGGGGGGAGGAUCGUCUGAGUCGCCACCGACACCACCACGCACAGCCCACCCCAUCCUCACAGGGAAGCCGUGGACCCAGGAGGGUGGCACUGGGCAGUGAGUCAUCAAAGCAGUGUCUCGUUGUCUUUUCAGAUUGGCUGUGUAGGGGGUGAGGACCAGUAGGCGGCUUCCAAGAUGGGUGAAAGGAAAGGUGUAAACAAGUACUACCCUCCGGAUUUCAACCCUGAAAAGCAUGGCUCACUCAACCGAUACCACAACAGCCACCCACUUCGGGAGCGGGCUCGGAAGCUGUCCCAGGGCAUCCUCAUCAUCAGAUUUGAGAUGCCCUAUAACAUCUGGUGCGACGGCUGCAAGAACCACAUCGGCAUGGGUGUUCGUUACAACGCAGAAAAGAAGAAGGUUGGCAAUUACUACACGACCCCGAUCUACAGGUUCCGGAUGAAAUGCCACCUCUGCGUCAACUACAUCGAGAUGCAGACGGACCCCGCCAACUGCGACUACGUGAUCGUGAGCGGCGCCCAGCGCAAGGAGGAGCGCUGGGACAUGGCAGACAACGAGCAGGUGCUGACGACAGAGCACGAGAAGAAGCAGAAGCUGGAGACGGAUGCCAUGUUCCGCCUGGAGCACGGCGAGGCCGACCGGAGCACACUCAAGAAGGCCCUGCCCACCCUGAGCCACAUCCAGGAGGCCCAGAGCGCCUGGAAGGACGAUUUCGCCCUCAACAGCAUGCUGCGGAAAAGGUUCCGGGAAAAGAAAAAAGCCAUGCAGGAGGAGGAAGAGAGGGACCAGGCACUGCAGGCCAAGGCAAGCCUGGACAUCCCGCUGGUGCCAGAGACGGAGGAUGACCGCAGGCUGGCCGCCCUGCUCAAGUUCCACACCCUAGACUCAUAUGAGGACAAGCAGAAACUCAAGCGGACAGAGAUCAGCAGCCGCUCCUGGUUCCCCUCCACCCCGGGACCUGGUGGCAGCAGCAGCAGCAAAGCAGGCAGCGUCUUGAAGAAGCUGGCCCAGAACCGCAGAUCUGCUCCCGCCAGCUCCCCCAUCACUGUGGGGCACCUGGGCAUUGUGCGACGGCGGUCCCGGGAGGUCCCAGAGAGCCCCCAGCACAUUUCCGAGACCCCCAAGUCUGGGGAGACACGGGUGCCAGAGGGGACCACCCAGGACAGGCCCACAUCCCCCCAAGACUGUUCUCAGGAGACAGCCAAGAUCCUCAACAACAGUGUGCCACUGGGGCAGGAGGAGAGCGGUCAGGACAGGUCCCAGCCCCCGCAAGACUCUUCCCAGGAGGCAGCCAACCCCCAGGACACACCACAGCCCUGCAGCCUCAGUGCCUCCCUUGUGGCUGACUACUCCAGUUCAGAGAGUGAGUGAUUCUGGGGGCCAGAUUCACUUUGGAGGCCAAGACACACCCAGGAGGCCCCACAGGCUGCAGCCCACCAGCCCUUAGAGAGCUCAGUCGCCACCCUCCCCAGAACUCACCUUCUCACAGUGAUGGAGUUGUUAUUUAUUUGGUCCUAGAGAGGGUGUCUGUGCCUUGUGGGACCCCCGACCUCCCAACAUUAAAGCCCUGCUUUUUU